CACGAGGAGGUGCGUGCCCUCAGACUUUCUCUCCACCGAAUUAAUUUUGUAUCUCGUUGGAGGCCCGCAGGAAAAAGGCACUGCGAGAUUUCGCACCUCUCCCUGACUCCCUCCAUCGCCAUUUCCUUCGCUUCACCUCCACCAACGUCACCUCACCAGUUGGUGAAAUCCACCACUCUCACCGCCCUCGUCCACCUCGCCUUCUCCGCCACGCGCCACGAGGAGUUGGGGAAUUAGUAGGAGGCCCUCCCCCGGGGAGAGGAAGGCGAAUUGGCGGAGGCGAGGGGCGUUUUGGUUUGUGGUUGUGGCAAUGGAGAUGGAGUCCUCGCCAUUGUCGUCGCCGCCAUCGUCUCCGUCCGGGUCGUCGGACUCCAUCGACCUCAACUUCCUGCCGUUCCUCAAGAGGGAGCCCAAGUCGGAGCCGGCGUCACCGGAGCGCGGGCCCCUGCCGUUGCCUGCGCUCCCAUCCCCGCCGGCGCAGCAGCAGCAUGCGCUUGCGGCGGCGGCUGUGGCCUCUGCUGCGCCUCGGCCCCCUGCGACGCCUGACCUAUCGUCCGCGUCGGUGAUGACGCCGCUGCAGUCGCUGCCACCGAACCCGGAAGAGGACGCGCUCCUCCGGGAGUACUACCGGCUCGCGAGCCUUUACCUCUCGUCGGCGGGGCCCGGGGCGAUCGUGCCGGCGCCGGGGCCGCAGGCGGCGGCCCCCGCGGUGGUGCAACCCGCGUCCGGGUCCGCCGUGAAGAAGCGCCGGCCGCGGUCGUCGGAGCUCGUGCGGGUCUCCUCGCUCGGCGUGCGGGACCAGAUCUAUUUCCGAGACCUCGUGCGCCGGGCGCGCAUCACCUUCGAGUGCCUCCGUGGGCUGCUGCUGAGGGACGACGACCGCGCGGAGGUGCUCGGGCUACCAGGCGUCAGCGGGGACCGGCGCCGCAUCCGCGCGGACCUGCGCGCCGCGGCGCUCAUGGGCGACCACGACCUCUGGCUCAACCGCGACCGCCGCAUCGUGGGGCCGAUCCCCGGGAUCUCGGUAGGGGACGCCUUCUUCUUCCGGAUGGAGCUCUGCGUGCUCGGCCUCCAUGGCCAGGUGCAGGCGGGCAUCGACUACGUCACUGCAGGGCGGUCUGCCUCGGGUGAGCCAAUAGCCACAUCUAUAAUUGUGUCUGGUGGGUAUGAGGAUGAUGAUGACCGUGGUGAUAUACUUGUGUACACUGGCCAAGGCGGCCGCGACCCCAACCUCCACAAGCACUGCAUUGAUCAGAAGCUCGAGGGUGGCAACCUUGCCCUUGAGCGCAGCAUGGCUUAUGGUAUUGAGAUCCGUGUAAUCCGUGCUGUCAAGUCAAGAUGCAGCCCUGUUGGCAAGGUCUAUUUCUAUGAUGGCCUCUACAAGGUUGUUGAUUACUGGCUCGACCGUGGCAAAGCCGGGUUUGGUGUUUAUAAGUACAAAAUGCUGCGCAUUGAGGGGCAAGAACCCAUGGGUACUGUAAAUUAUCGAGUAGCUGAACAGCUCAAGGUGGAUGUGUUUUCUGUGCGGCCAACAGGGUAUUUGAGCUUUGAUAUUUCCAUGGGCCGAGACAUCACGCCAGUUGCACUCUAUAAUGAUGUUGAUGAUGAUCGGGACCCGCUCUUAUUUGAGUACCUGGCACGGCCAAUAUUUCCAACCUCUGCUGUCCAAGGGAAGUUUGCUGAGGGUGGUGGUGGUGGUUGUGAUUGCGCCGAGAAUUGCUCUAUUGGAUGUAACUGUGCAGGGAGGAAUGGAGGUGAGUUUGCUUAUGAUAAGGCCGGAGUCCUGCUACGAGGCAAACCGCUGGUAUAUGAGUGUGGGCCAUACUGCAGGUGCCCACCUAGCUGCCCCAACAGGGUUAGUCAGAAGGGGCUUCAGCAUAGGCUUGAGGUGUUCCGGUCAAGGGAGACCGGGUGGGGCAUUCGGUCUUUGGAUCUCAUUAAGGCGGGCACAUUCAUUUGUGAGUUUAGUGGGAUUGUGCUUACUCAUCAGCAGUCAGAGAUUGUGUCCGCGAAUGGUGAUUGCUUGGUGCGUCCAAACAGGUUCCCUCCAAGGUGGUUGGAUUGGGGUGAUAUAUCUGAUGUGAAUCCUGAGUAUGUGGCGCCAGACCGUCCUGCUUUGCCUGAGUUGAACUUUGCAAUCGAUGUGUCAAGGGCGAGGAAUGUGGCUUGUUAUUUCAGCCACAGUUGCAGUCCAAAUGUGUUUGUCCAGUUUGUGCUGUUUGAUCAUUACAAUGUGUCUUAUCCCCACCUCAUGAUCUUUGCCAUGGAGAACAUUCCGCCGUUGAGGGAGCUAAGCAUUGACUAUGGAAUGAUUGAUGAAUGGGUGGGAAAGUUAACUAUGUAGCUGGAGUACCUAUUUAGAAGGCAAUACCCUCUUUCUUUUCCCUUUUUUUUUGAAGUUCUCAUAAUGCUUCACUUGGGGAUCAUCAAGGCGACUGCUAACUGAAAUUUCCUGUGCUGUCCAAUAAUUGGAGGGUCCCAUUUGGGACGAUGUACCAGUGCUGGUGGCAGGCUCACAUAAGGAGGGCCAAGCACAACUCAUUGGCAUCAGCCAUUCAUUGUUUAUUUUGCAUGAUAACCUAUAUGGCUGUGGCCAAUUUCCGAGAGGUACUCACCUUCGAAGCAUGAUGUUUGCUGCUGUAGGAAGCUUGCUUCACGUGGCAGGCCCUGAGUUUCAGUCUUAACCUUUGUUUUACUGCUAUCGUUACUGAACUCCUUAUGUACAUAUAUCUGUAAAUUAUCUAGCUGAAAAUGUGCCCACUUUCUGUUGGUAAAUGAUGGUAUCAUAAGUGGGCCAGCCCUGUCCAGUAGGUCACGGGAUCGAAGAAUUUAGGGCGAAGUUAUUUGCAGGGAUCCGGUACUUUUUUAUUAUGCAGGAUGCUGCAUUGCCUCCUGUGUCAGGCCUUGUGAUCCUGGACAUUGUUUCGAUUCAAUUCACCGAUGAGACAGUGACGCCGUAGACCUAUCGGUGAUGCUGGCGUGCUGGCACCGUCAAGCUACUGGCGGCGUUUACUUGAGGUUCCUGACAUUGCCGAGCAACUAUCCAGGUAGUGAUGUAUACUGUCCUGGUGAUGUAGAAUUGUGGAUCCAUUGGCAUUGCAGGUUGCCCGUUCUGUUAGGCUCUGCUGCUGCUGGAUACUGUCUUGCUCGGUUGUUCCGGGUCUAAGUUGUAGAGAGACUCUGGACCUCAAGUUUUGUCAGGUUAAAGCACCAUGAGGGAUCCCUUGAGGUUUACCCAAUGAGUAAUUACUGUAACUGGCGGCCAGCUACUGGCAAUAUUGUUUGCAUCAUAAUCGAUGUUCGGUUGUUUUCGGCAGUAAUAAAAAAUAUUUGUAAUGCU